AUGCGGCCACAACGGCUCGCGGCCCUGUGCCGGAGCACCAGCCGUCUGGCCAUACGGCCGCAACGUUUAACGGCAUGGUCGAUGCCGGCAACAUUAGCAGCAGCAACAGCAGCAGCAGCAGCAUCCCAGCCCCGGCUUCUCGGACGGGUCCCGCGGACGGCGCUCUUGUCGCGGGGAUUUUCCAGCAGCUUUGCGGUGCGGACAGAAGCAGAAAAGGGCACAGCCGGUGCGGGUGCAGAUGUGGAUGGCGAGACAGCCGUGCUGCAGUCAUUCUCGGGCGAAGCACAGCCAGAGCCAUCACGACAGACGUGGCAGGUGGGUGGCCAGAGCGUGGAGCCGGGCACGCCAGAGAACGAGGAGGCGCUGCGGCAGCUAGAGCUGCUGUCCAAGGGAGUGGCGCCCUUUGACGCCGACCUGGACGGGCACAAGUUUGGGCUGACGACGGCGGAGACGCGGCCGACGGCGAUGGGGUCGGGGGAGGCCGACAGCGACAUCAUUACGGGGCAGCAGCUGCCGCUGGGGGGCGAGCUGCAGGACCGCUACGACCCGGUGAUCUCGCAGCUGACGCGGCUGCUGAUGCGGGAUGGAAAGCUGGCCAAGGCACAAAGGGACAUGGCUAUGAUCCUCAACUUUCUGCGCACGUCGGCAGCGCCCAAGCUGAGCCCGGCCCACCCGCUGCUGCCAGGCCAUCCGCCGGCGGCCCAGCUGCCGCUGGAUCCGGUGCGCUACCUCACGCUGGCUAUCGACUCGGUGGCGCCACUGGUCAAGAUCCGGUCGUACUCGGGCAUGGCUGGUGGUGGCGCAUCGCUGCCGGUGCCGGUGCCGCUGGCGGCGCGACAGCGCCGACGCACUGCCUUCAUGUGGCUGCUCGACAUUGUCAACAAGAAGCCGUCACGGGGCAGCGGCCGCGGGAUGUUGGCACAGCGCGUCGGCGAGGAGGUCAUCGCCAUCGCCGAGGGCCGGUCCGGUCUGUGGGAGAAGCGCCAGCUGAUGCACAAGCAGGGAACGAGCGCGCGUGUGAACGUGUCCAAGGUGAAGUUGUGA